GACGCAGCGCAGUGGGCGUCGAAUAAAACGUUUCUCGGAGUUCAUACAUGACUUCCCGAUUAUCCGCACCUAACUCGGGCUACUUCAAUUUGUGAUACCUCCUGCCACGGGUGAGCCGACAGAGAUGACGGAAAGCUCCGCCAACAAGCUGCUCAACGGUGAGGCCUGUCGUCGGACGUCGACUGGCCAAAAAGCGAGCAAAAAUGGCUUCGUGAAGAACCACUGCCCGUUUCAGCAGCCGCAGAAGUAUCGUCGCCCCGGGGAGAAGAACCAACAUGGCACACACAACUCGAGCCUGUACAAGAGGCCCUUUGUGGAAUCAUUUGAGCAGACUCCCCUACUGGUUGCUGUGCUUACCUAUGUGGGUUAUGGCAUCCUCACCAUUUUUGGCUACCUGCGGGACUUUCUCCGCCACUGGAACAUCGGGAAAUUCACCAUGGCCCGAGAACGAGAAGAGCAGAAGGACUUUGUCCCACUCUAUCAAGACUUUGAGAACUUUUACACCAGGAAUUUGUACAUGAGGAUCCGAGACAACUGGAACAGACCUAUCUGUAGUGUUCCAGGGGCAAAGAUGGACCUGAUGGAGCGAGUUUCCCCUGAUUACAACUGGACCUUCCAGCACACUGGAAAGGUGGUGAAGGAUGUCAUCAACAUGGGCUCUUACAAUUACCUCGGCUUUGCCGAGAACACCGGGACUUGUGCUGACGCUUCUGUUGAGGUCACAAAAAAGUAUGGUGUGGGAGUGGCCAGCACUCGCUGUGAACUAGGAAACCUUGACAUCCACGAGGAGCUGGAGCAACUGAUUGCCAGGUUCCUUGGUGUUGAGUCAGCUAUGGCGUUCGGUAUGGGCUUCGCUACUAAUUCCAUGAACAUUCCAGCUCUUACUGGAAAGGGGUGUCUCAUCUUGAGUGACGAGCUGAAUCAUGCAUCACUUGUGCUGGGAGCCCGUCUAUCAGGCUCAACAAUUCGGGUGUUCAAACAUAACAACAUGCAAAGCCUGGAGAAACUCCUGCGAGACGCCAUCGUACAUGGACAGCCGAGGACCCAUCGGCCCUGGAGAAAAAUUCUCAUUGUGGUAGAGGGCAUUUACAGUAUGGAGGGUUCCAUUGUGCGCCUGCCAGAGGUCAUUGCCCUAAAGAAGCGCUACAAGGCAUACGUGUACCUGGACGAGGCCCACAGUAUUGGGGCCUUGGGGCCCAACGGCAGAGGAGUGGUGGACUACUUUGGCCUCAGUCCCACAGAUGUUGACGUCAUGAUGGGAACAUUUACAAAAAGCUUUGGCAGUGCUGGGGGUUACAUCGGAGGCAAAAAGGAGCUGAUCGACUACCUCCGCCAACAUUCACACAGCGCCCUUUAUGCCACCUCAAUGCCGCCACCAGUGGCUCAACAAAUCAUCACCUCAAUGAAAAUCAUCAUGGGAGAGGAUGGGACCACACUAGGCGCAGACCGCCUCCGCCAGCUGUCCGAGAACACAACCUACUUCCGCAGGAAACUUCGUGAGAUGGGUGUCAUUAUCUAUGGCAACAAUGACUCCCCUGUCGUACCUGUGAUGCUCUACAUGCCUGCCAAAAUUGGGGCAUUUGGCCGAGAGAUGUUGAGACGGAACAUCGGCACAGUGGUCGUCGGCUUCCCGGCAACUCCAAUCAUCGAAUCACGAGCACGUUUCUGCAUUUCAGCUGCUCACACGAGAGAAAUGCUCGACACGGUAUUGGAGGCCAUGAAUGAAGUGGGCGACCUGCUGCAGCUGAAGUACUCCAGACUUGGACUGUCGCCACCUCCCAUCAGGUGGACAUCUGAGGAAAGCCAGCUUCAGGACUGAGACACACACACGUGCCCAUAUACACACACACAAUCUGAUAAUGCCCUCUAGGCCAGGGAUGCCCAAACUCAAAAUCUAGUUUUUAAGCCGCUAUCUAUCUGUUUGGGGGGGGUGAGAAUCCAGAGACAUCAGUGGGAGGCCAACUCACCAGCUUGCUAGAACACGCCUUUACGUCAUGUCAGAAAAGGCCAGGAUUGGUCAAACUAACUGUCAGUCAAGUGAUGCGAUCGACGUAUUGGGCAUGCCUGAAGCAAGGGAAGAGAUGUAUGAUAGGCUGACGUCUUUUUUUUUGGGGGGGGGGGGGGUUGUCACAAGGUCAAGCGAUCAACCAGUCGACGCAUUGAGCACCCCUGCUCGAGGCCUUCUAGUUUUAGUUAUGCACCACUUUGUCAUCCCUCUUCUCACCACAUUUCAAACCUCAGGGGGCUCACCAGAAUUUAUGCAGUGGAUUUAAAGGAAAAAAAAAGUCUGCACACCUGUGUUUAAAUGCUAGGUUUUUAGAAAUAAAAGAACUGACAGCGAAAUAAAUGCUUCUAAAGCCUUUUCCACCAUUAACGUGACCAAGAAUUUGCAUAACUCCAUUUUCCUACGUGCAUUUAGGAAAUUUCAAGUGUUUUUUUUUUUUUUAUUACUUUGCAAGAUUGGCUUCCAUAUUUAAAGCUACUGUAUUGAGCAGAAAUAUGAAGAACUGGGGACGUUGUCACGUGUACUAAACAACCAAUAUUUGCUCAGAAUUCUUGCAGCUACUUUAAUGGUGCUAGCAGCCUUCCUGACCUGUUUUUUUUUAUAAAUUUUGGACAGGUUUCCAGUUCUCCAGUUCUUGGUGUUUCCUCAUCUGUAUUUUUUCCUCUAAAAUAUGCAAGCAAACUCAUUGCAUUUAUCAAAUGUUACAAGUUCUAUCUGAUUCUGUGGAGCUUUCACCUGUGGAAGUUCCCUGCCGACAAUUGCUUGUGCUGUAAGGUGUGAAUUGAAAAAUGUCAGGAAAAGCCUACUUGAACAUCUAAACUACAAGGUUCACCAGAGGCACUAUACACAGGUGCAUGUUCAAUUUUUUUCUCCUCUAUUAAAAGCUUCCAUUUUUUUAAUCAAUUUGUGCAGGUGAAAGAUAUCUUUGUUGUGGGUUUUAUUUUAAUCUUAGAAAAAAAAACAUGGCAUUUGGCUGGGGGUGUGUCGACCUUUUUUUAUCCACUGAAUCUUCAGAGUCCUGAACAUUUUUCAAAUCUUUCAAUAGGAUGAGACCAACAUCGCAUCUCUUUUUUUUUUGUCUGUAUUAAACGUUUUGAACUUUACACUUGCUACCUUAUGACUGCAUCAAGACAUUGUUUUAUUCCCAUCAGCAAAUUGAAUGUGUGUUAUUUGGGCAGUGGUAGUUUCUUUGCGAUUAAAUAAAAAAUGGAGCAAAAUAUGCCAUUAGACGUUACAUGUGCACUUAAAAAAAACUCAAAUUGUAGCAGUUGCUGUGAUCAACACAAUAGCGAAAUGUGAUGUAUGUAAAUAAUAUUUUUCAUAAUGUCAGUCAGCAUCCCAAACUUCCAACAGAUAUAUCGCAGGAGUCACAUUGGCGUGUUCAUAUUUAUAUCUCUACAGUAUAUAUUACCGCACAUGCCUCACUUGCAAAAAUCACUUGAACAAAGUGUAGGAUAUUAGCUUCUUUCCCUGACCAAAGCAAACCUAUCUAUAUAUAUAUAUAUAUAUAUAUAUAUAUAUACAUAAAGAUAUAUAUUUUCUACCCGUCACUUCAAAUGUAUAGCAAACGUUCCAAAACAAGAUAACGACUAGAGGAAAAAGAUCCCAGGAAGAACACAGAAUAUUUUUUACUUCCUUUUCUAGAGCUAUUUUGCAGCCUUAUUUACUGUUUACACCUGCUCUCUGAAAUGUGAGUCCAUUGUUUUCUCGUCUUGUUGCUCCCCCAUCCCCAUUUGACACAGUUACAUGUACAUUUGAACUGUAUGUAUGACGAUACUAUCCUCACACUUAUCUGAUGUACAGCUUUUAUUUAUUUCAAAACGUAUGUCUUAGUCUUCGUCGUCUGAAGGGCAGCUUCACGUGUAUCCCCAUGGGUGUGCAUAUUUUAAAUAAUACUUUCAAGUUUUACUUCAGUGCUCGUACUACUGACAAGCAUUGUAAAUGCGCAGAUGAUGUAGUCACUGAAAUAUGCAGCAGUUGCGCUCUGUGUGUCCGACGCUCUGGCUUUUCCAUAACUGUGAUGGUUUUUGAGAAUGGCAUUCCAGUUCUAAAUCCGCCUUCGCCGCACUGUCAAAAGUCGUCUCAGUUCGCGUCACGCUUUGUAUGCACGGGGUCACCUCAAAAUGUGGACGUGUUACUGAUUUUAUUGAUGGGAAUUGGGAUCCAAUAAAGCCAGUGUGAGCGCUGCCAUCCUGAGCUUACCCAGAUUUAGACCAGUUUUUGUAUCACAUCAAUACACCUUGUGUUUUUUUUUUUUUUUUUUUUUUGACAAGAACUGGAAAACACUUGUUGUUGUCUAUCACUCGUUGCAAUAUUUGUCACAGAAAACCAUUUCCAUCAGCCUUUGUGUCUACGGUUUCACUGUAACGUGCUUUUUUGUUUCUGCUGCAGUUGUGAAUUGUGCUCCGACAUACUGUAUAAUGUCCCUGUGGCCAGCGGAACUGCAGAAUAUUUCGUUUACAGAGGAAAGCGCAUUUGCAAACGGCAACAUGUCUGUCCCUCGGAGCCAGCUUUCCUCGGUCGAAUCCGGAAACUCAACUCCUUACACCUCCUCAAUAUGUUUUACGGCAACCCCACAUGUGAACUGACCGAUAAAGAGAUUUGAGACUUUCCAUAUGUUACUUAUCUCGAUGAAAUUGUAUUUGAUUUUAAUUUUGGAGAUAUUCUAAGAAGAUUGUAAAGCCAUGUUUGUUGAUCAUGCUGUUCUAAACAGAUUAAAUCACUUUCUUUGUAUCAA